UAAACAGAGAGGGAAGAAGAGAAGUGCGUGCGAAACAUGACUUCCCUCAAAGAAGAAGAGGCAACAGAAUAUCUUAAGACACAUAAAAUAUUAGAACUUAUGGAUAAUUUGACCAGCAUGGUAUUCUUUCACAGGCCAGAAAGACCACGGGAAUUCUUGAUUGAACAGUUGGAACAACUAAAAUUAUCUAAAACGACCUCAGUGAAUAGCCCAUGUCUGUUUUCUGAUGCCAACUUGGAUGCCAUUUUUGGAAUCUUGGAUCCUGUUAAUCGAGGUCACAUCACUUAUGCUCAGUUCAAAGAAGCUCUCACCACUCUUGGGAUUAAGAAUAUCAAUGAUUGUCCAGAUGGUUCUGUGUCAGACCAAAUCACCAAAGAGACAUUUAAAAAUGAGGCGAAAAUGGGGCUAUCUGUAAGCUCAGAAACUUUCAUUAAGGAGUGAUGAUCUGUGGACCCCAAUCCGGAUGUAUUUCACAGACGUGUUGCUCAAAUAUUUUUAAUGUAUAUACCACAACUUUGUUAAUCAAAAAUUGACAACAAAUUAAAUAUAUUUCACCAGUUCUGAAAUUGUACAAUACAGUUCAUCAACAUAAUAUAACAUCACUGUGACAUAAUAGGCUGAUUUAUGUGUGAAAGGCGAUAGGAAUAAUACUACUUUUGAAGGUCUUCUGUAAUUUCCCAUUCCUCCAUGACUCCAUGAGUUUUUCAUGAUGAAAGGGAGCUAAGUGGGUCAUCUCAUGUGCCGACACACCUGCAUUCUUUGUGGAGGCCUUCAUAUACCCCUGUGGUUUGGAAUAAUAUCCAUGCAUCUUUCCAGAUCACUAAAGGAGCAUCACAUAUGAAUGGAUAUCAUGUUAACAACUUUUGGUGCAAUGUAAAAUAUGUUGCACUAUGUUUAGCUGAUUAACAUGCUUAUUCCUGACCAAGGAAUUUAACUCAAGGUGCAGAAAGCUCAGAAAAGCUUUUUAUUUUGUUUGUUUAGAAAAUAUGCUAAAGUUUGCUUAAUUAUCAGUGCUAAAUAUAACAAUUGGGUUACCAUGUAAAAAAAGAGACGGUUAUGUCAGAUGUUCAACACAAGGUGGCGUCAAUGUGCUUAGUUCAGAGCAGGCGCGUCAACAAAACGCAGGGUGACUGACCAAGGUUCAGAGUGGGUCACUGAGGGAAUGUUCCAUGAGAAAUGAUUGUCAAGGUCUACAUUUCGUUUAAACUAAA